AAAAACCAAAAUUGUGGUGGGAGUUGGAGAAUGAGCAUGUACAAAAUCGCAAACUUAAAUUAUAUAGGAUGCUACCAAGACAAACAUUACCGAAUAUUGGGUGGAAAGUCUACAAAUAGCAAAGGCAUGACUAUUGAAAAGUGCGAGGAUAUAUGUCGGAAUGAAAAUACUCAGUACUACGGCGUUCAGGCUUCCACUUGGUGUUUCUGUGGAAACAAUCUUCGACAUUCUGUGAAAAAACCAGAGGGAGAAUGCAAUUAUAAAUGCGACGGAAAUAAAAAACAAAAUUGUGGUGGGAAUAUGAGAAUGAGCAUGUUUAGACACCCAGACUAUUUAGGGUGCUACCUAGACAAACAGUACCGAAUAUUGGGUGGAAAGUCUACAAAUAGCAAAGGCAUGACUGUUGAAAAGUGCAAGGAAAUAUGUUGGGAUGAAUAUAAUCAGUUCUACGGCCUCCAGGCUUCUACUUGGUGUUUCUGUGGAAACACUCUUCGACAUUCUGAUAGAAAACCAGAGGGAGAAUGCAACUAUAAAUGCGACGGCAAUAAAAACCAAAACUGUGGUGGGAGUUGGAGAAUGAGCAUAUAUAACAACCCUGACGUAGACUUACUAGUCUGCCAAUAAA